AUGGGCGACGUCCAGCAGGCCGCCAAGCUCGUGCUCGCGGUCCUCGUCGUCGGCUCGUGCUUGGUCAUGGUCAUGAACUGGAACCUCGUGAGCUCUUCGACAAGCGAGUCGCAUGAGGACUCUUCGAGGACGUGGCACGGCGCCAAGGCCAUCCUCAACGUCGGAGCCAGACCCUCGACCAACGCCACCAACGCCUCGGCAGACGUCGUCUUUGCUCCGCGGCGCAUUCGGUUCCUCACGCUCGCAGACGACGCCCGUCCCAACAUUUGUCAUCUCGCGGCCGCCAUCUACCAGCAAGGCAACGUGCUUGAAGUCUUGGGCUGGGACCAGAGCGACACAUUCUUUGACGGCACGUCGUGCGGCGCCCGCUGCAAGACGCCACUCGAGGGCGCAGAACUGGUGCGGUUCGGCCAAGAGAAGAAGCUGUACUGGCUGCUGCACUACUUUGAGCACAAGCCCGACCUGCACGACGACGACCUCGUGCUCUUUACGGACGCGUGGGACGUCAUUGUCAAUGGCGACACGACGACGCUCACCGACCUGUUCCUGCGCCACACGAAGCACGAGCGCGGCGUCAUUUUCAACGGCGAGCCGGCGUGCGGCGACUCGUUCACGCUCCCGACCGAGUAUGGCGACUAUCUCCGCCGCCGCAGCUGGCGCGUGCAACUCGAGAGGGACCAGAACCCCCGAUUGAUUCGCGGCGACAGCGUCUGCGACGCGAUGGCGGCCAAGACGCUGUCAACGGCGCAUAUCCCCGGUCCAAACUGGAGCCUCGGGUCGGGCGGCAUCCUCGGCGACGUCCGGAGCAUUCGCAGUAUCCUCCGCAAGGUCCACCAGAUCCGUCGCGAGCAAGAAGCGCUGUUUGCGAAGGACCCACAGCGCGCCUACCUCUUUCAAGGCGACCAGAUCUUAUUUCAGCUUGCGUACCUCCAGUCGCCUGACAUCAACGUCAAGGUCGAUGCGAGCGGCGAGAUCUUCUUCGUCAUCUCGCACCUCGUGGCCGAUGGCGACUUUGACGAGUUCUCGCCCGCAAAAGGCUGCACGCGCAACUACAUGGCGCACGGCCGCGCGUCGGUUUACGCAUGGAACCGGAUCGCGCCCGUCUUUUUCCACUUUCCCGGCGACUACAAGGAGGCAUUUUGGUCCUGCGCGGCACCGGCAUCGCGCUACAGGGAGUCCCGCGGUGUCGGCCAGUACAUGUUUGACGUCGACCGCAGUCGGCGGGUGCCCGUGGCCGACGUUUGCCCCACUUUUGUCUGA